ACAGUGACUGUGGACAUCCGUCUCCGUGGACACCUGCUGGCUACGCUGAUCCAUAAUAAUAACAGCUCUCAGCUGGAGCACAAACAACAUCUGGGUGUGGUGAGAAGAAAGACGGAGAAGUCCCAGCAGGGUGGGCAGCAGAUGGUCACAUUGCAGCAGAACUUCUCCAGUAUGGAGAAGAGGGUGCAGACACUGAAGGACUCAUUGGAAGGCCCUAACCUGGAUCCUCUGGACCUUAUGAAAGUAUACAAGGACAAACUCUUGGAGAAAAUGUGGAAGCAGCAGGAAGGCGUGGAGAUUCCUGCAGCUCCAGAAGAAGAACCUGCUUCGCCCGAGGCCAGCAAAAGUUUGGAGGAUAAUUCUGGGGAGAGCAAUCCCCUCCUGGAGCGACUCCGAGCCCUGGAGGCGGAGAAUUCUGCUCUGUCACUGGAAAACGACAAUCAGAGGAAACAGUACGAACGUUGUCUGGAUGAGGUGGCUAACCAGGUGGUCCAGGCUCUGCUCACGCAGAAGGACCUGAAGGAGGAGUGUGUGAAGCUCAGGACCCGUGUGUUUGACUUGGAGCAGCAAAACCGCAUACUGAACGUGCUGUUUCAACAACGUGUCAAAAUGUCCACAACUCCCGUCUCCACGGAAGUCCAAAUGAAUGGAAAAGCAGACGUGACCUCAGAGAGGUGGCCCAGCCUCCUGAGCCUGACGUGUCAGGGCAGCAGUGGCAGUGGCAGUGGCAGUGACCUGUCUCUGUCCCGGGCUUGUAGUGAAUACUCCUCUGGGUCCUACACCUGGGCCGAGGGUCACGGUUGCUCAAAACAGUGUUCCAAACGGAUGAGUGCUUGUUCCGUUUAUAAUAACCAUUCAGUACUGAGUGAGCAAACAGAGCUGGGAUGGAAGGAAGGCCACAUUCUGAAAGGUCUGAAGUGUCUCCAAACAUCCGGGUCCAAGGAACAGUCCCUGAAAUCGUCUGCAGUGCAGUGUAACGAUUGCAUGACCUCCAAUGAAGGCAUCUACUCACUCGGUGUUAACAGUGGUCCACAGGGGUCAAAACAAAGAACCCCCAUCAGAAAACCUUGCAAAGCCUGUGAAGGGUUUACUGCGCUGGGCUCUGACGACACGGGCGACGACAAAAUGAAAGUGCAGAGCAGGGAAGACACGGACCAAUCAAAAGAGAACAUGGAGGUUGAUGAUGGGAGUUCAACUGAAGAACCAGUAAAUUCAGAUCUUUUCACUUCACCUGUAAAGGACAACUACCAAUUUUUGGAAACGCCCGGUGUGGGCCCCACAGCUUCGCCCCCACACUGUGACGAAGGACAAAGAAAUAAAUCGUUGAGCUUGAGACACACUGACAGUAAUAACAACCAAGAAAGGUCAGCUGACCAUGAAUCCAGUCCAGAUCAUGUGCCGACCCAGCACGGCAGGUUCACCACCAACCAACAAGAAGACGUGGCGAAGGAUUUGAAGUCACCGUUACUGCACAGUAAAAAAGAUGCACCGUUAACGCACAGUAAAACAAAGAUGCUGAGCAGUCCUGUGAAAGAAGCCCGACUCUGCAGCUCCCUGGUAGAGGUCACCCAGUGGGGGGAGCUGGUGAGUCAACCUGACACAAAAUCUUCUCAGAGGAAACUUAGACCUCAGCCGUGUGACUCGGCCAGGAAGGCUUUUAUUUUGCGGAGCAAAAGUGCAGAUGGAGGACCAGCGCAGGCCAAGCACACACAUUCUCCUCUCCACCAGAAACUCAUGAAGAACCCCUGGUCCAAAGGACAGACGAGCCAGACUGGGCAGGGAAUUCCAAGCAAAAGGAAAAACCUCGGCAAAACAAACGUGUGUACAACUGAAAAAGAAGAGGAUUUUACUGCGGCGGCAACUUCCACGUCUCUGGAGAACGUGCACCACUGCUCUCCUCUGGCUUCUCCUUUAAAAUUUUCCAAGACAUUCAACAAGUCCUCGGGGGUCACAGACGCCUCAGAGGGUCCGGUCAAGUCGUCUCAAAAAACUUCUUCAAGACUUCAAACAAGCAAUGACCCUGUGAAUGACAGUGGACCUGAGAACUUACCCAGACAGGAACGUCAAGAACAGCACGCCGUGUACUCACCGCCUCCAGCACCUCCAGGCCGCACCACCUCACUCCUUCAUCGAACUAGUCAUGGUUCUUCACCGGAGGCUCAUAAAUCAGAGGCUCCGACUCAGAUCUGGGAAGCUGCAAAGAAAACAUCAUGUUCCUCAAAGCCAGAGUCCAGGGAAACCCAAGGAAAUUCAAAAACUCAAGCCCUCGUGUCAAGACAGCUGUCCUUGGAUAUAAGUACCACUUUCCACGAUGCUCCUCCAGCGCUGCUGAAUCACAGUGUCCUACAGAGGUCACAACAGAGUGUCAGUGAGCCAAGACUGUCAGAGGUUUUACCACAUGUCCACACCAACGUUUUCUACCACGGGGUCUCCAGGAACCUCAACAGUUCUACCUCAAGAGCAGUGAAAACGGCUCAUCUUGUAAAUGUUCGCUCUAAUGAUUUUCCAGAAACCAGUACUUUCCUAAUUAAUGGGAAGCCUCAGAUGAAACAUGACGGUGUCGCUCAUGACAAAGCCCACGGAAAGAUUGAGACCCGCUGUAGCUCUUUUGAUUGUGAACCUGCAAAAUCAGAGGGUGGCAUGAUGUUAGACUGGGGGUUUGAUGAGGAAGGCUGGUUGUUCAAGAGAUCUGUGUCAGUUUCGACCCGACCACUCCUCAAGCCAGUGAUGGGCAUGAACGGGAUGAAGGCUCGCAGCCAGAGCUUUGGUGCACGAUACAUGGACAGACCCAACUUUAACAGACCUGGAAAUGUCCGCACCCAGAUCAAAACACAGUCUGGGAGCUCCCUCAACUCCCUCAGUGAUCUUCUUCCAGGAAGUAUGAGUUGCUCCAGCAGCUACCACUGUCCCAUGAACCAGUCCCUAUUGAACAACUUCAUGAUUGAAGAAGGCCUGACAGGCCCCACAUAUUUGGGCUCAUCUAGAGAAAGACUACAGAGUAUUAAACUCCAACAGGAGCAGGUCCGGCGUAUUCAGAUCGAACAGCAGUUCUCCAGCGCCUUCGGCACGCCGGUUUCUGAAGAACCAGAGAUACAAAGUACAAUCACCACCAUUGAAGAGAAAGUCAUGCUUGGCAUCGAGGAAAACCUGCACAAGUCCCAGGAGCAGGAGAAAAGUAGUGACGUGAAACAAAAGUCCAGUUCAAGCUUGGCCAACUGGUUUGGACUUAGAAAGAGCAGACUACCUGGACCGAGUGGGAAAAAAACUCAUCAAUCGAAAGGGAAAGACGACAAGAAAGAGCAACAGGUUCCAUCGCUCCGAGGCGGGAAACAGGCGAAGACUGACAAGAAGAAAGACAGAAGAAAAAGUGACGGAAAAGACUGCUCUGUAGGAAGGAGAGAGUCACAUGACGCAGUACGGUCCUGCAUUUCAAUGCCGUGUCCAGGAGUGGCGUUGAACGAGAUACAAGGACACGCUGACAUCAGCAGAGACUCAAAGGUGAGGAGCGGUGAUGAACCGGGGUCGACCGUGGACCUCAGCCCCCAGGCUGCAGUUACAGGUUCCAGCUGCAGGAUGCGAACACUGGAUAGUGGAAUUGGGACCAUUCCACUUCCUGAAUCCUGUUCCUUCUUCUCCAACAUCCUGCAUCUCCUUCCCAAACCCUCAUUCACCCCAGAGCAGUCGCUCAAGACUCGCUGUGUCCCCAUGUCCCCCAGCGAGGAUGUGUCUCCGUCCCACCUACCCCGAUGGAGAGUCCCAGCAGGUGGUAAAGACCACCGUCCUGCUGGGGUUCCAAAUUCCCUGUCUGAGUCCUCCAUGACCCACAUCCCACUGGUGCCUGUUCCCACAGUGGCUCUCCUGCAGCCCGCGCCCCCCCAGUCUGAACCCACCCUAACAUCUGUCAGUGUGUGUCAAACCCAGAGUGGACUUUCCAGACCCCGACCAGGUGGAGUGGAGUCCAGGAAGCCGGCGUCCGUCAAACCAAAAACCAAGGCCAAGAAAGAGUCCACCAGGAUCCAGCUGGCCAACUAGUUUUUCCAGCUGAACGUCCCAGUCUGAACGCUCUGUGGUGGAGGUCGGACCGUUCUGUGAAGUGUCAUGAAGCAGUGAUCAGCUGACCACUAGCAGCUUCAUCACAGACUCUCCUCUUCGUGACCACAACAACAAGGCUGCUGAUAGAAUAUUGACUUUUUCACCAAGGCAACCUCGCCGCCCUGAACUGACUUGUGAUUGGUCAGAGUCCUUCACCGAUGGUGUGAUUAACUUCAGCCUCACAACGUGUGAGCGGUGAAGAUGUGUACUGACCCAACACACACACACACAGCAGCGGGACCUCUGAUCACCUCACCUCUGUUUGAACUCUGACCCCUGAACUCUGACCUCUGACACUGAUUUUGUUGCUUCACAGAAACAUUUAGCCAGAAACUAAAACCUGGUCUGGAGACCAGGACAGAACUAGACUUACCUUCAAAAAUGGUUCCUCCCACGGUCACUGCUGAGGAGCUGCAGAACAGACUGACUGUGGCUCAUUUAUAUGAGACCGCAGUGAUGAUGUCACAGAGGGCGCGGUGAUGUCUUAGCUUCUUCUGUCCUGUCAAAGGUCAAAGGUUAAAUCUCUUCAGUCGUACUGACCU